AGCAGGGAGGAGCGGAUGCUCACAAACUCUGCCUCACUCUUACUUUCCUCUUCUCACUUUGUCUCUCCCUCUUUUUUCACCCCAGUCACUGGUGUCUGCGCUGCUUUGUGCCGUCCACAGAAUAAACCCGGGAUAACACACUCGAACUCAGAAGAAGAAGAAGAAGAAGCAGAAGAUGAAGUCUCACGUGGUUCUGACGCUGCUCUCACUGUGCUGCGGUGCCUGUCACGCCGCGCCCAUGUUCUACAACAUGUCCAUGGACGGCAGUGGUGACGAUUCAGACCUGGGCCUCCUGUUCCCGUCCUUCUUCUCCACCCGAGCGCCCGUCCUCCUCACCACGGCCACCGGAGCUCCCUCACUCACCAACACCAUCACCACCACCAUGAUCCGCCUGAAGGACUUCGUCCUGAGCCGGGUCGUGGACUUUCUGCAGGAGCACAUGCUCAUCAUCAUCGUGGUGACGUCCCUCCUCAUCGUCAUGGUCUUCAUCAUCUGCUGUGCCUCUGCGAUGAGUCACAAGCGUAAGCUGGAGGCCUACAAGCCCACCGCUAACCCGCCCAGGAAGUAUGCGGCAGAUAAAUCUGUUGGAUUCAAGAAUUCGGGCGAGCUCCACGAGAGGCCGUACGCCGUUGACCACGUCAAGAGGGUCCAGACUCAGAGCAUGGCUUCACCCAAGCACCUGCGCACCCCCUCCAAGGCUCUGGUGGGAGAGCGGGGGAGAGACGUGAGGUCGUCGCCGCGCCACGAGGUCAGAAAGGUCAAGCAGGUCGAGGAGGUGGAGAAGCGGAGAGAGGAGCCCAGGCACAAGGAGCCGGUGAAGCACAGGGAGGAGGCGCAGCAGAGCUCCAGCUCCAGUCCCCCUGUCUGCACCUGCCACCUGAAAAAGGGCCACCAUUAAAGAUCCACAAUCGAGGGUUAGGACGGUUUCGCGGAAAAAAAAUAUAAAUAAAACAGGUGAAAUGUUUCAACCGUGACGUGUAACUUAAGACAGGAUCACUCAGUCCUGGUCCUGGAGACACACGGUCCUACAGGUCUUAGAGGUUUCCCUGCUCCAACACACCUGAUUUAAAUGAAUGAAUGGAUUGAUGAUGAGCAUUUUGAUCAGGUGUGUUGGAGCAGGGAAACUUCUAAGACCUGCAGGACCAGAACCAGGACUGAGAACCUCUGACUUAAGAGGAAAGAAGAAAAGAAAAGGUUGAUUUGAGCAAAAUGUGUCAACAUUUAUGUAAAGCUGCAGCAGGCAGGAUCACCGGGAAAUCAGCUGACGGUUGAGGGUCAUCCACAGGUUAUUAAACACACACACACACACACACACACUUUGUUUUGUGUCUCUAUCUUGAACUGAGGUUAUCUCUUGUGUCAAAACUCUCCUGUGAUACAAUUUUACCGAAUUAUACUGAAAGGUCAUUGUGGAAUUAUUGAUCAAUACUGCAAAAUUUAAAAAACAAAUCUUGCUUAGUGUACUUUUUUUUUUUUAAAUUAUUUAAUUUUUUACAUAAUGAGAAUAUUUAAGCCUUUUUAUAUGAAAAAUCACGAGGGCUGCAAUGCAUUUCUUAAAUGUGAAUAUUUGCUCCAUUUGACAAUAACCAUUUAAAACCUAAGAGAUUUUGGUUUGUGGUCAAAACUAGACAUUUGAGGGCAUGAUUUCCAGGUUUGAGAAACACUGAUUGAAAAGUAGUUGCAGCCGUAAAAAUCACAUUUUUGAAACACUAAAAUCUGUGUCUACUCAUAAAAAUGAUGAUAUGGACAAAGAUUGUUGGUGUUCUUGUUUCUUAGGACACAUUUCAACAGUAACUUCCCUCCCAAAAAGUAAAAGCAUGCAUGUGUUUUUCUAACAUAAUUAAGAUUCUCCGUGUGUUAAGACAGAAGGAUCUGGUCUGUCUGUCCUGCUGUACGUCAGUCACGUCUUCUCUCGCAGUGAAGAGCUUUGGCUCCAACUCUUUGUUGCUGUAAAUAUAGCAAGCAACACGUGAGUCGCCAGUAAACUUGACUUAAACUCUCUUUUUAUAUUUUAAACGCUCGUAUUUACCUUACCUUUGCUUGCAUAAUGUUUUAUUCAGGAACCUUUUUCACAAAGCUCCGUACCAAAAACAUAGUUGAACUGUAAGAAUACAGUAAAUACAUGUGUUUGUUGCCAUAAAAGCUUUAUGAAUAAGUGUUUGAGCUUUUGUAAUACAGGUAAUACUGAUGUAUAUGAAUAAAAGUGUUUUAUUUUAAUGUGAUUUGUGAUAUAUAUUUGGCUUGUUGUGCUGGAAAAAUCACAUUAUUAUCCUCAUAUUUAAUUGACCUUUCAGUUAUUUUAUUCUAUUUUACGCCAUUUUGGGGAAGGAAAACCUCAUACUCAGUUUCCCAUUUAGUUAUGCCAGUGAUUCUGUUCGUGUAAUGUUCAGUUUGUCUGUUGACUUGUUGUGUUUAAGUUUGACGGAAUGCUCAGAUUAGAUUUUUGUCCUCACACGUGUCCCGGCACGCUUCCUCUCCAAGUUUGUUUACAAAAGAUGUUGUUUUGCCUUAUAUUUAAUAAAAGGUGUUGGAAACGG